AUGGCAAACCUCCGCCCCCCAACAGCCCCCUACAGUGAACCCCUCCUCCCCCAACUAACAAUCCCAAACCCAUACUACAAACCCCACCACCACGCCCUACGCGCCCAUGUCCGCGAAUACGUCGACACAUACAUAGCACCCUACGCACACGAAUGGGAAGAAGCAGGCCAGGUCCCCGAAGUUGUUCGCCUGCGCCACUGCAAAUUAGGCUAUGGCAUCGUGCACCCGUUGACCAGCGAGGAGGAUUCGGCGGGUCUGGCAUUGCCUGGCGGUGUACCGCGUGAGCAGUGGGAUACGUGGUGCUCGCUUAUUGUCUCGGAUGAGCUUACACGGGUUGGGUAUGUUGGUGUUAUUUGGGGACUCGGGGGUGGAAAUGGGAUUGGGUGUCCGCCUGUUGCUAGGUUUGGGAGUGCUGAGCAGAGGAAGAGGUGGUUGCCUGCUGUUGCGAGGGGGGAGGUGAGGUUUUGUCUGGGGAUUACGGAGCCUGAUGCUGGGUCUGAUGUUGCUAAUAUUCGGACUACGGCCGUUUGUGAUGGGGAUCAUUAUGUUGUUAAUGGGGCCAAGAAGUGGAUUACCAAUGGUAUCUGGGCGGAUUAUUGUACUGCUGCGGUGAGGACUGGCGGUCCUGGUAAGUCUGGGAUCUCUUUGCUGGUUAUCCCUCUGGCUGCUGCUGGUGUGACUCGUCGGCGCAUGCAUAACUCUGGUGUUAACGCGAGUGGUUCGACCUACAUCGAAUUGGACGAUGUUCGUGUUCCUGUCGGGAACCUCCUUGGUGAAGAGAACAAGGGAUUCCCGCUGAUUAUGUCAAACUUCAACCCGGAGCGCCUUGCUUUGGCCUGUGCAUCAUUACGGUUAGCCCGUGUCUGCGCCGAAGACGCGUUCAAGUAUGCCAUCCAGCGCGAAACAUUCGGCUCGCCUUUGAUCGAGAAGCAAGCAAUUCAAUCUAAAAUCUUUAAAUUUGGAUUGAUGAUCGAGCCUGCCUAUGCAUUUAUGGAGCAGCUUGUUAACAUCCUCGAACUGACCAAGGACCGUCCCACUGAUGACGUGAACAUCGGUGGUAUGACAGCCUUGCUUAAGGUUAUGUCCACGAGAGCUUUGGAGAAGAGUGUUCGUGAAGCACAACAGAUUCUUGGCGGUGCUGGGUAUAACAGGGCUGGAAAGGGUGCACGUAUUGAGCAGAUUAGUCGUGAUGCUCGUGUGCAUGUUGUCGGGGGUGGAAGUGAGGAAAUCAUGGCUGGUUUGGCUUUGAGAGAGGAGACUAAGGCGUUGAAGUCUCGACGAAUGGCUCUUGAGAAGAGACAGUCGAAGGUAUAA